GUCAGACUGUCACUUGGAUAAAUGAGAGUGAGUAGAGUGAAAAUCGAGAAUAGUUCCUUGUUAUCCGUGUGUAAAUUACCAAUGGGACUCCUGGUAACGUCCUUAGUUUAAAAUGGAAAGAAAGACGAAGAAGCAGUUGAUAUGAAUUUGAAAGUACGGCGGUGAAAUACUAGCUAAGGACGACUAUCCAGAAUACCUGUAGGCCUAGUACCUAUCUUGAACGCACUGGCUUCGAAGCAAGGCAUCACCUGCAAAAGGAAUUUUCAGGACCGAAGGAGAAGCUGCUGGGGGAGCGAGAACUGACUGCUGAUUUGAAAAGGACUGCAUACAUUGAAUAAGGUUUUGGGUGGUGGACGGAUUAUAUAUACUACCUCCUGGCAGGCCCUAUUGAGUACGUCAAGCAACCUAAGGACAAAGCAAGCGGCAGGAAAAAAAACUUUGCCUUUAUAGGUUAUAAGCAUGAGUGUUCUGUUGCUUAUGCUAUAGCUUUGAUGAACAGCAUAAAACUCUGUGGCCGGAAUCUUAGAGUUCAGAGCAGGUAUCUUCAGAGUCUACAAGCACAGGGACUAGCUUCAGUUGAUUCACAUGGAGUCCAUACUCUUGAUCAAUUUCAGAAAGAUAAUUCUAGGGAAGAGCAAGGGAUGUCCCAAACGAGAGAAUCGGGUAGUCUAUUGGGACCACCACCAAUACCACUUAAUGUUCCUGCUAAUAUUCCUCCACAUAUAUUAGCAUUAGCUCAUCAACAAAUGGCCUUGUUAAAUACUACUACUAGAGGAAUGGUGCCUUUGUCUAAAAAUCCUUCUCUUAAUGCAAGGAUGCAACCUAGAAAUGACAGUUAUGGGUCUAUCAACUAUAAUUGUGGGUAUUCCAAUUCAAGUCCAGACUCUUCCUCAAGUCGUGGCUACAACCAUUACAAUAAAAAUAGAAAUAGAGGAGCAAGGUCCUUUGAUAACAAAACUAUGCAAUCAAUGAAAAUGCAUGCAGAUGAAGUCACUGCACAGAAUUCCCACAUGUUAGCUGCUCUUCAGGAUCAACAAGGGCGUUUUGACAAAAGUCGAUUGGGGUCUUCACCGUCUAAAUACAAUGAAGAUAGGUAUGAUCGUGAGUAUGAUACCAGCCAUGAUAACAGAUAUCGGCAAAAUCAAGAGAGCCACUACAAAGCUAGUCAUCGUGAUUAUAGACAACAACCGUAUGACAGGUAUGAGAGUCAUCACAGUAGACACCAAGAUAGGCAGACGCCCCCUGAUAGUCGUAGGAAGUUUGAUGGUAGGAGUAGGAAUGGCGGUAGAAGCCACAGCCAUAACAAUGAUCGUUAUGGUCGUGGUGGGGAAUACCAACCACAUUAUAAUUCGAGACGCUGAUGUACACAAUAAAGUAAGACUUGUUUUACAUCUAGAUUUCAUGAGUAUCCUUUUAUUUUUCUUUUUUUUUUUUUUUUUUUUUCUUUUUACUCAAUGAAUAUUGUAUGUAAUUAAAUAAUUUUAAGGGUAUAUCUGUAUGUAUAUUUUAUAUGUUAGCAUUCCUAUGACUACAAUUUAGAGAUCUUUAAUAACAUUUAGAAUUAGUUUUUGUUGGCACUACUUGUGUGCAUUUUAAUCAUGUUCUUAACAGAUUCUCUGUUCCUGUUGCAAUGUCAUUUUAAGCAAGUUUAAUGUCAUGGCUCUCCUGUCAUUACUCUUUCCCUUUUUAUUAUCCAUUGUACUGUAAAUAUAAAUUGCUUUGUAUUAGUAAAAGUGCGUGUAGUGGAGUAUGUUAAAAGUGUGAGGGAAGAUGAACUGAUGUCAUCUUGGUGGUGUAUGUGACAAAUGAAAAUCAAAUUUUUAGUGUUACUA